CGAUCGUUUUAAUAAAACAGGGCAGAGCUUCAGGCGCAGAGGCAGGUGCUGUCCCGCAGCCAGCCGGGCUGCGUCCUUCUUCCAACCUGAGCCCGCCGGGGAGGUGAGAAGCUGCUGGGGCUGCGAGAAGCGCCUUCCCCCCCCCGGCCGCUCGCCCUUGGCUUGGGGCACACACGGGAAAGACCAUGGAGAAGAAGCUGCUGGUGCUGGUGCUGGUGGUGGUGGUCCCAGGGGGGCCGGCCUGGGCCGCGAAGGAGAAGUGUCUCACCAAGAAGUACACCGCCAGUGGGGAGUGCUGUAGAGCCUGCAACCUGGGAGAAGGGGUAGCGCAGCCCUGUGGGGUGAAUCAGACGGUCUGUGAGCCAUGCCUGGACAGCGUGACCUACUCGGACACCGUCAGCGCCACGGAGGCGUGCAAGCCGUGCACAGAGUGCGUGGGCCUGCAGAGCAUGUCGGCUCCCUGCGUGGAGUCGGACGACGCCGUCUGCAAAUGCAUCUACGGCUACUACCAGGACGAGGGGAGCGGCCAAUGCAAGGAAUGUGACAUCUGCGAGGUGGGCUACGGCCUGAUGUUCCCGUGCGGGUACACUCAGAACACCGUCUGUGAGAAGUGCCCCGACGGGACCUUCUCCGACGAAGCCAACCACAUGGACCCCUGCUUGCCCUGCACCAUCUGUGAGGAGAACGAGGUCUUGAUCAAGGAGUGCACCCCGGUAUCCGAUGCCGAGUGCAGAGAUCUUCACCCGCGCUGGACGGCUCGGACCCCAACCCUGAUGGGGUCUGACAGCCCCAUGCCUUUCACCAAAGACCCGUACGAUACCGAAGGCCUCGCCAGCACCCUCGCAGAUACAGUCACCACCGUCCUGGGUAGCUCCCAGCCAGUUGUGAGCCGCGGCACUGCCGAUAACCUCAUCCCUGUCUACUGCUCCAUCCUGGCAGCCGUGGUGGUGGGGCUAAUAGCCUACAUUGCUUUCAAAAGGUGGAACAGCUGCAAACAGAACAAACAGGGCGCCAACAACCGCCCUGUCAACCAGACCCCCUCUCCAGAAGGAGAGAAGCUUCACAGCGACAGCGGGAUCUCCGUGGACAGCCAGAGCCUUCACGACCAACAGCCGCCAACACAGACCGCACAGGUGCAGGCUCUGAAAGGAGACGGGAACCUCUACACCAGCCUGCCGCCUAACAAGCAAGAGGAGGUGGAGAAGUUGCUGAACAGCUCCCCGGAGGACACCUGGCGUCACCUGGCGGGGGAGCUGGGCUACAAGGAGGAUCACAUAGACUCCUUCACGCAGGAGGAGUGCCCUGUCCGGGCCCUGCUCUCCGACUGGUCCAGCAAGGACAGCGCCACCAUGGACGCCCUUUAUUCCGCCCUGCGCCGAAUCCAGCGGGGAGACAUUGUGGAGAGCUUGUACAGCGAGUCGACCGCCACGUCGCCGGUGUGAAGGGUGGGGCGGGAGAGGCACUCCCCAGCCAGCCCCUCUGCGACCCCACGGAGAUACCAGCUGGCGAGAAGAUGUGAAGGAAAUGGGGUUCCCGCCCGGGCCCCCUGCUAUUUACGAACAAUCCCGUAUGCACUGACCUCUUAUUUUCAGUAUUGUCCCCUUUUUUCUAUCCCCCUUUCCCCGGCGGACUGGCCGAUGCUAAAACAGAAGGGAUAUAGCCAAGGCCACCAGGGGCUGUGGCCUCCCUCAGUCUUGCUGGGACCUAGGAGCGCUUGACGGCUUCGGCACCUCCUGUGUGAGCAAAACAAUCUCUUGUGCACGCCCCGCCCCCCCGAACCCCAACAACACGUCUCCGGUAGCUGCAACGAUGACCGUGUUUGCUCUCGCUCAGGUCUCUCCUCUUUCUUUCUCUGUCUGCUUCGUUCCCCCUCUUCCACUCCCCCUCUGAGGAUCUUCCUCUGCCCCCCACAAUAUCCACCCCCUUCUGUUUGCCCCAGAUCACCAGUUGCUCUCCCUUUGAAUUGCACCUCCCAAGCCAGGAAGGACGGACCCAGCUGAAUUCAGAGAGAACUGGGUGGAUUUCAGGGCUAACGUUUGAGUGAAGAUGUUAUUAACAGGGAAUUGGGAUGGAGGGUGGGGAGCAGAGGGAUAUAAUUAGAAAGAGCUACCCAAGGAUGCCGCAUGGGGAAAAAAGGGCCCCAUCUAUAGAAACACACAUUUGUGCCUCUGCACUGUCCUUGGAAGUGGUGAGGGGGGAGAAGACUGUUUCUAGCAGGCAAAAUCUACACUGUGAAUCAUGAAACAUACAGCAUGCGUGUUGGCGAGAGAUCCACAUGCCUCCAUGACACGCACAUUCCUCAGGCUUGGAAGAGUUUGCCUUGGUCAUUAGCAGCCAGGCUGUCUGACACGUUAAGAAACAAUCUAGUUACCUAAGGAAUAAGGUCGUUUGCCCGUCUUGGGUGCUCAGCGGUCAAUCGCCAGCACCUUCCCAGGUGCUGAUCGCUCCUGGGCAGACAUCACCCUUGUUAGAGCCCCCAAAUUCCAGUGGAGAAUAGCAACCCGCUAACGGUGCCUGGGAAAGCAGAAAACAAUUGCCAUCCGUCACGCUGCAGGUCAGCCAACAAUCGCCGUGCGGCCAUGGAGAGCUGGAGCAGCUGCUGUCAUCCCAGACCUCUCACAUAUUGUACUAGUGAAACACUAGAAGACAGGCUCUGUGCCCUUCCCCAGACCAGUGAUCCACCCACUGUGGGCUACAACGUAAUCACGCUGCUGCUUUAGCGGCCGACGAGCAAGGGGAAAGUGGGGAUGGGCGACGUUAGUGAUGGAGUCGAUUCUAUUCCUAGACCAUGAUCAUUACCAUAGUAUCUGAGCUGGUACGGAUGAGGCUCGAAAGGGUCGGAGGGUGAUUUGGAAAAGCGCCCAGAAGCUCAGCUGUCUUCGCUGUAUUAUCUGAACCUCUCGGUCUCUGCAAAGCUGGAAACAUCCCAAGAACAGGCGCCUUUGGGUAUGUUGAGGCUUCCAAGGAAGACCCAGGAGGUAGAGAGGCAGUUGCAGCAACCUUUCUAAAGGAACAGUGGGUCAGGGAGUGUGUUCGAUGGAGUUUUUCCCAGGCUCGGAAAUGGGUUUGGGUGAAAGGGGGUGUUGGGGGAGGGGGUGGAUCUUGCUUCUUCCAAACCAGCUGGGCCCAAUCGUCAGUUAGAAGUUCCUUCUUUGAAGAAGACACUAGAAAAGCACCAAAUCAUAGGACUCAGCUGUUUCCCACCCAUUGGAGGAAGCUACCAGUUCCUGGCACUCCAGAUACGUAUUCCUAGGAGAGGGGAGUUCUAAUGGAGCCCAGGGACGCUGGCAGCCAAGUGGUAUGAGUGGCUUAGCCUUGUCCGUAGGGCUCCCUUUCAUAUAAAGCUCCUGAUGGGAAGGGUGACUUGAAAAUGCCUUUCCUUCACCACAAGGGCUCCCACACCUGCCGACAGCCAUCAGGAAGUCAAGGGGACUAUGCAAAGUGCUCUAGCCCUUAAGAGGCUCAGGAGACCUCUCCCAGAACUAUGGCACGUCCCUGCUUUGCAAGCUUUCUCCUCCUUGCCCGAGUGGAAGUUCUACCUCCUGGACCCAUCAGAUUCCUAGUAUGGCUGGUAUGUGACGGGAAAUGACAGCACAGGAAUGCUAAUAAUAUACAGGACAGUAUUGGUGAUCAUACCUCACUCCAGAUUUGGGUGGAUGACUCCUGGACUGCAGCAUUCCAGCAUCUUCAGACCAAGCCACAAUAAAGUUUCUCGGGGGGUGCCCAGCAGCUACAAAUGAGGUGUCCCUGCAAGAGGCCCCAAGGUGGAAGAACCAUCUGUGGAGCAAGGAGGCAGGAAAAUACAGAAUGUGAAUGUGAUUGUAGAACUUGCAUCUGUUGUAAUCAGCCCAACCAGAGAGGAACGGUUACUUACACUUCAGAUCACACCUGGGAGCGUUAGAAGCUGGAGACGGGAGGUCGUUCUUGGGUUGGCUCCUUUUGAGGGACCAAUAACUGGUAGCAAAAGUUUUGAUGACUUCAAAGAUUGUUUCACAGCACUUUGAUCUUCGGAGAGGGCCAGAUUCUCUUUGCUCCCACUGAAUAGCUCCUUGCUUCCCCAGGAACCCCCUGAUGAUGAAGACUCAUUGAAUAAGGGGCUAUUCAAACCCAGCUGGCCAGGGAAUGAUUUUCCCAUCCCGUGAAAGUUUUCAAGUUAUUGAAACAUUUUCUCAUCCCAAAUUGAGAGGAAAAGUCUAAAUGGCAGUGUUUUUUGCACAUCAAAAAAUCUGGCAAAAGAAUUCAGAUCCGGUCAAAAUAUUUUGUUUCAAUAAUUUUGAAGCAUGUUGUUUUAAUUUUGACCAUUUUAAGGGGUUUUUAUGGGGGGGGUACUAGAAUUAGCUUAAAUUUUUAAGCAAAAAGCCACUUUGAACAGGAAAACUAUGAUUUUUCAUGUAGAAAAUGUCAAAAUAAAACAUUGAUGAU